UCCGUGAAACGUAAAAAAACGUGUAAAGAUGAAUGGGAAUGAGCCACUGGAGGAUUCUCCAAAGCGUAGAUCAACGUUCUACGUCUCCCUGGACUCUCAGCCCCCGUCCCGCAUCGGGAAGCCCCAGGACCCGGAGAAAUACUCAUGCAACACAUUUCCGAUAAUAACCCCGAAGAACCCCCACCCAAUUCCCCUGAACCGAACCUUCAGUUCCAGCGACAAAUUGGAGCUUGAAAUGAAGUCACUUCACCACGUUGAGACGCGGGGGAAGGUUCAUUCCCUGACGAAGAUGUUCGAGUCGCCGGAGGUACUGGACCCCUCCCCGCGGAAGAAGGUGGAGAGGACGCGGUCCUUCAAGACGAUCGAGAGGUUCCAGAGCAAAUUCGGAAGGAAGGACGUGACUUCGGGGAAGAAGGAGGCGAUUUCGGGGAAGAAGGAGCGGCUGAGCGGCCCCGCGGAGGGGCCCAGGCCCCGGCUGGGGGUGGGGGAUGGCCGGAGGGACGAGGAGAGGAUCAAAUUCGCGCGGAGCAACUUCAGGCCGAAGAGCAAUGUCGGGAGUCAGGAGUGUGUGAACAGUGUCAGUGGUACUGUGCUUGGGAAUCUGCUCAUCAGGAGGACUCACAGUACUAAGGUUUCCAGGAGUGUCAGUGCCCUUGGGAAAAGACACGCCAGUGCGGGGAGUCCCGGGGAGGUCUGCAGGGGGAAGGGGGACACCGAGGGACUCGCCGAGGUGGUCAGGUGGGACGAGGGCGACGAGGAGGUGUUCGAGGAGGACGGAGAUGCUGGGGUGCACUCAGACACGUCCUAUGAGAAGGCAUGCAGGAGGGGAAGCGCACCGGCGACCCCUGUUUUGGGGGCAAGACCACUCGAUGUUACUCCAAACAGAAUAGUUAACUUCUUCUCAAAACGCUCGUUCCGCUCUAAUCCACUGAAGAGGACCAAGAGCGUGACAAAAUUAGAGAGGCAGAAGCAGCGUGGAGCUGGAUUACGGGGUUGUCGCUCGCACGAGUCACUGUUGUGCAGUCAAGCUGUAACCUCGAUGGAUCUGGCGGCUGUUACACCAAUGCACCCGAGUCUGCUCGGUCGACCUCAUUGUUUUCAAGUCACACCGAGCAACGGUCCACCCAAGUACUUCAGUUGCAGAACGGCCCACGAGAGGCAACAGUGGUUGCACAGCAUACGGAAAUCAGUGCAGCCGGACGCGGAGCAGACCCGCCGCACUGACAACUCCCUGCAAAUCUGGCUGCUGGAAGCUAAAGGCGUUCCCACAAAGAAACGCUACUUCUGUGAGGUCUGUCUAGACAACACACUUUACGCGCGAACAACCGCGAAACUAAAAACCGAACUGUGCUUCUGGGGCGAGCACUUUGACUUCCACCUCCUCCCCUCUGUCAAUACAAUCCAGGUAAACCUUUAUCGCGAAGCAGACCGCAAGAAGAAGCGCGACAAGAACGUGUUAAUCGGCUCAGUGAGCAUUCCCGUUCAGAACGUGACCUCCCGUUACCUAACCGAGAAAUGGUACCCCGUAGUGAGCGACAAGGGACCGCUCAAGGAACCCCCGGCCCUCCGGGUCAAGUGUCGAUUCCAAUCCGUGGACAUUCUCCCCGUUCAGGUGUACCAGGAGUUCCUGGAGUACCUCAAAACGGACUACCCCUCCCUCUGCGAACGACUAGAGCCCGCGAUCGGUGUCAAAGCAAAAGAGGACAUCGCGACAGCCUUCGUGGCAGUAAUGCAACGCGAAAAAAAGGCGCCACAAUUUCUCGCGGACCUCGUGAUGAUGGACAUCCACAGAAUCGACGACGAGCGUCUGACAUUCCGCGGAAACUCCCUUGCGACCAAAGCGAUGGAGGCUUACCUCAAGCUAACCGGUGACAGGUACCUCCAAGAGACCCUGGGGGCAGUUGUCCGCGCAGCUGUCGAAGGCGGUGACUGCGAGGUCGACCCCCUGAAGGUCUCCUCCCUCGCGGCCCUCCACAAACAGCAGCAGAAUCUCCGCAACGCGGUAGAACUCGCCUGGAGCAGAAUCCUCGCGAGUCACGCCCACUUUCCCCUCGAGCUCCGUGAGUGCUUCCGCAUCUUCAGGGAGAGGCUCAAGGAGAUGGGCCGCGAGGAUAUCGCCGACAACCUCAUAUCCGCCUCCAUUUUCCUGAGGUUCCUCUGCCCCGCCAUCUUGUCACCAUCCUUAUUCAAUAUCACUCAUGAGUAUCCGAAUGAGAAGGCCGCGAGAAACCUCACACUGGUCGCCAAAACCCUCCAGACCCUCGCGAACUUUACGCGAUUCCAGGGGAAAGAGAACUUCAUGGAGUUCAUGAACGACGUUCUCGAGAGGGAAGCGCCAGCCAUGAAGAACUUCCUCCAAUUGAUCAGCAAUCCCUUGCCCAAAGACAGCCCUUCCAACAAUUCGCUGGAGUUCGACGGUUACAUAGACCUGGGAAAACAGUUAUCACUUCUUCAUGCUCUUCUAAGAGAGAGCAUUGCAGGAACCACCUCAUCCUCCUCGUCGUCUCGACUUCCCGAAGUGCUCGACAGGAUCUCUGUGGCCCUGGAGCAACCCGGACCCAGUCCGGUCUCCACAGCGCAUCGUUACCCAAAUCUUCAGAACAACAUCUUCAGAUAUAACGAUCCAACAAUCGCAAACAGCAAUACAAACCUGUCGGUCUCGGCUUCCUCGACGUUGUCCAACCACAGCACAUUGAACGGUACCUUGCGAGACAGUUCCGAGGUCCUGCAGAGCAACACCCUAGGCCACCCCCCAGGAACAAGAUCUCCAAACGUAGUCAGAGCAGCAACCCUCCCAAGAAACGCUUACCUCCCCAACGGCAAGCUUCAGCUCCAGAUCACCAGUGAAGACUACCACCCCCUGGAGCCCCCCGCCUUCGUCUCGAGAUCGCCAACCCCGAUAUCCCGACAGCACCGGCCAGGUAUCACCAAGGGCUACCGACUCACAGCCUCAGCGAGCCUCGCCAACGUCAACCACUGCCAGAACAUCCCGACGAGUCCGACUCGCUCAGAGUCCCACAGCAAUCUCAAAGACUCGAACUUCAACAUCAACGUCAACCAGACGAAUCAGGCUAAUCAAAACUCCGGACACAGGCACAACACCAAGGCCAACCAUGACCUUCACGACGACAACUACAUCCACAACAACUACAAUGUCUCGAGGUCGGCUUCCAGGAAUCACUGUAAAGAGGAGAAUGCCAACCAGACACAGCAGCAAAACUACAACAACGUCACUAAGACCACUGUCAAUGCCAAUCCGAUCAAUCCUACUAACCUCACGCUGACGAUCAAUCAACCAAACAACAACUACAACAAGGGCCCCACUACGAACGGCAAUUUGGACGAGAUCUCCGAUCUCCUGAGGUACGCGGACGACGAAGUCUCCGAGUCAAAGUCCCAGAAGGGAUCUCAGAUAUCCAUCUCACAGCUGUCUAAUGUCGCUUCCUCCGGGUAUCAGAGCUUCGCUGCUUACAGUCAGUCCUCGAGUCCCGUUGACCUGAGCAACAACGCGAAUUCUCAUAUUAUGAGCACUGCACCUCUCGCCUUUGCCAAUCCGGUCUAUCACAUGGAGGCUAGCAGGGGUGGGCGCAGGGGCAGCACCAGUUCAGAGGAACGUGAGGGCGGGGGGGUUGAGGCUGUUAGGGGAGUGGAUCUUAGUCCUUCUCCUGCGACUCAGGGGAAUCUGAGGAAUCGGGGGAAUGGACAGCAGUGGAGACAGACCCCUGGGCACAGGGGCCCUGGCGAGGGCCAGAGUGGGUACUCCACCAAGUUGAGGAGGAGAUUGUCUUUGGAUUCUAAUAGGGACCUCAGCGAUACCAGCGAGGACGAGAGCUGCGCCACAAGGAGGAGCAAGAGCAGAAGUCACAGGAGCAUUGAUCAGUACGAGGUGGAAAUCGAGAGGCUGCAGAGCAGUGUCGAUCGUCUGAGGGCACGAUUGGGUGCAGCUGAGGAUGGCGAUGUCGAUGGCAUUGCACCUGACACCAAAAUGAAGAACAUCAUCACCAGAUUGAUAUCUGUGGAGGAGGAGCUGCGUCGCGAACAGCAGAAGAUGUCAGCCGCACUGUCGUACAAGCAGCGCGUGAUAGACGCCCAAGAGCAACAGAUCGCUGCAUUGGAUGCUGCAAAUACAAGAUUAAUGUCGUCAAACACAAGACUAUUGUCCGCAUUGAGCACACUAAAGCAACGGUACAACGUCAAGGCGCAGCCCAAUAGCAGUGAGGCUGCUGCCUUGUUGCAGAAUAUAUCUGACAUUGGUGAACUGAAAAGUUCAUCCUGUUGAAUCACCAGUGGAGAACAAAGAGACAGAAUUUACCAUGAACAAAGGGUGAAAGUUUAUGAUACAUGCUUUUUCCGAAUUACUCUCAUCUUCAUCGGACGACUAGUUGUCGACAAUUAGGGAAAAAUGAUGAUCGAGGAGAUAUUUAUAAGCUGUCCAGCUUAAAUAGCGGUAGAGGUAAAUUAUUGUUUGAGAAUUAACAGUAAUAUUAAUCAUUUGUACGAUUCAACUCAUAAUUUUUGUAUUAUACUGCCCAGAGAAGAACAGAUUAGGUCAUUAAUACGAGUAAUAAAAUCGUAGAAUGUUUUUCUUGCUUUAUUUGUGCGUACUUCAUGCACUUUACGUACAAUCGCGUAUGUAUCGAUGAUUUUUGGCAUUUGUUUCGUCGAUUUCUGAGAAUCAUUCGGCCUCCACAUGACUGAUUUCAAGGGUUAUCAGCACGAUAAUAUGGAGAUGGACAAAUUUUUACGGUAAAUCGGAUAUUUAUUUAGCAAUUGCUACCAAAGAUGAAGUGUUUUACAUUUUGUAGAUAAAAUUGAUUAAGUUAUUUUGGUUAUUUGAGGGGCGAGAGGAGAAAUGACAAGAUAAUUUUUUUUCUGUUUUGAAAAUGAGUUUGCGAUUGAGUGGACUUGAUGAUAGGAGCUGAGGGUUACUCCAUUCGGAUCGGGAAAUUUUAGGGUUGAAAACACUGAUCUUAAGUCCGUUUUCAUUGAAGCGAUGACAUUUGACAUUGAAAAUUGUUUUCCAUUUUUCGGGGAAUGUAAUGGGGCAAAAGAGGUCUAUGGCCAGGGUUUGGAGACGGAAAUUUCUCUGGCUAUUCGCUGGUGAUGAGCAAUUUUCAAUCCACUCAAUUUCAAAUUUCACGAUUUAGCUUUUUUCGUCAUUUUCAUCGUUUUACAUCACAAAAAGAAAUGGAUAAUCAUUGUAGCCAUAUCGAAUUAGUUCAACAAAUGCAAUGUGCGUUGUUUUAUGUACAAUAGGAGAGAGAGACGACGAGCAAAAUGAGAGAGAGAGAGAGAGAGAGAAAAUCAUGAUAAAUCGUCGGGAUUAUUAGGCUAAUUCUGUUCAUGAAUUAGUUGAUGAGAAAAAGUAUUAUCACUUCGACUUGUAUAAAAGUAACGAUUAUAAUCCUUAUCGAAGGUAUUAAUAAUAAAUUAAGUUGUUUAUUAUUGAGCGAUUUCACGGAUACACUUGUGUAUAGAAAACAGAAAGAGAGAAGGAACUUUAUUUCACUUUUUUUUUUCGGUGUUAAUUUUUUUUUACUCACAAUUUAUGCAUCGGUGAAUGCAGAGGUUUUUUGUCACAAAGUCGAUAUGUAUUCAUAGUGGAUGUAAUCCUGUUCAGUAACAAAUUAAUGAGGAACACGAAAUCUCAAGGAGUUUUGAGGAAUGCGGCGAAUCACUAGAUUGUAAAUUCAAUGAGUAUUUUCAAUUACUUCGUUUUUUUCUAUUGUAAGCGAUGUGUAUUUAAGCAUUUAGAAAUUAUUAUUAUUGUAUGAACAAAUAAAUAUGAUUAGAAGCAGAUGAA